AAUUUCCCAUUUUCUGUAGGAAACAUAUCGCGAACCUGUUGUUGUUUCCCCUCCAUUUCAUGGUACUUUUACAUUUGUCUUGACAGUUAAUCCUAAGCGUGAGAUCAAUUUCUUGUUCGGAGGUGUGGCGAACUUCGAGUCUAGGGUUUAGGGUUUUCCCAUUUUUUGGUCAAGUUAACGCUUGUUUAUGACGAAGGAGCUGUUUUGACUACUGGCGUUUUUUUCUUUUUUUUUUUUUGGGGGAAACUUUGGGAUCUGUAUCCUGAACUAUCCGAGAUUCUUGUAUGGGGGGGCUUAGGGCCUGUGUAUAGUCGAUACUAGGUUUCUGUGGAGCGUGUUCAUCUUGGUGAAGUAAUUUCAUUGGUGGGUACUAGGUGACGUCCAUGAAUAACAAUAGCAACCCGUCUAGAAACCUUCCGCCUUCUUCAUCACCUUUUGGGAAUGCUGCGAUUUUGAAUUCGGCUAUGCCGACAAACCCUGCGUUCGCGCAAGCACAGAGUCAAGGUGGGCCCGGGUUUCAAGCACAGUUUCAGCUGUCGCAAGCGCAAGCCAUCGCGCAUGCACAGGCGAAAGCGCAGGCUCAUGCGCAAGCUCAAAUGCAAGCGGUGAACCCCCAGUUCCAAGCGCAGCUGCAAGCUUCUCUCAGUCAAAUGGGAAGCCUUGGGAAUCUGGGUUCAUCUUCACCCUCCAUGUCCACGCCUGGAAGUGGCAGCGCGAAGCGUCUACCUCAAAAACCCCCAAUGCGACCUCCUGGAGUCCCUAUGAACACCAUGAUUUCGCCAUUGAAACAAAUGGAGCUUGCUUCAGCUGCUCGCAAGAAGAAGCAGAAGGUCCCCGAGAAGCAGCUGCAAGACAGAGUGGCAGCAAUUCUUCCUGAGUCCGCAUUGUACACGCAGCUCCUUGAGUUUGAGUCUCGCGUUGAUGCUGCUCUCGCAAGAAAGAAGACUGACAUACAGGAAGCCCUGAAGAACCCUCCAUGCAUUCAGAAAACACUUAGGAUAUAUGUCUUCAAUACAUUUGCCAACCAGAUUCGCACGAUACCUCAGAAGCCAAAUGUUGAGCCACCUACUUGGACCCUUAAGAUAAUCGGGAGGAUCUUGGAGGAAGGGGUGGAUCCUGAUCAGCCUGGAGUAGUUCAGAAAUCGAACCCUUUAUACCCAAAGUUUUCAUCUUUCUUCAAGAGAGUAACCAUUUCUUUGGACCAGCGACUUUAUCCUGAAAACCCUGUGAUUGUUUGGGAGAACUCUAGAUCUUCUGCUCCUCAAGAGGGAUUCGAGGUGAAGCGGAAAGGGGAUAAAGAAUUUACGGUGCCUAUUCGGUUGGAAAUGAACUAUGUACCAGAGAAAUUCAAGCUGUCGCCAGCUUUGGUGGAAGUUCUUGGCAUCGAAGUUGAGACUAGACCAAGAAUUAUUACUGCAAUCUGGCAUUAUGUGAAGGCCAGAAAAUUGCAGAACCCAAGUGAUCCUUCAUUUUUUAACUGUGACCCGCCUCUUCAGAAAGUGUUUGGGGAAGAGAAGAUGAAAUUUACUAUGGUUUCUCAGAAGAUCUCCAAUCAUUUAUCUUCACCGCAGCCAAUACAUUUGGAGCACAAAAUUAAGCUUUCCGGAAAUAGUCCAGCUGGAACUGCAUGCUAUGAUGUGCUGGUUGAUGUACCCAUUCCCAUCCAGAGGGAGUUGUCUGUGCUGUUGGCGAAUGUGGAGAAGAACAAAGAGAUUGAUGCCUGUGAUGAGGCAAUAUAUUCCGCAAUACGAAAAAUUCACGAGCACCGGAAGAGACGGGCAUUUUUCCUUGGCUUUAGUCAAUCUCCUGUGGAAUUUAUUAAUGCACUCAUUGAAUCCCAAAGCAAAGAUCUAAAGCUACUUUCUGGAGAAGCUAGUCGUAGUGCUGAAAAGGAGCGUCGAUCUGAUUUCUUCAAUCAGCCUUGGGUGGAAGAUGCUGUUAUUCGGUACUUGAAUCGCAAACCAGCAACUGGAAGUGAUGCUCCUCCAAGCACUUAACUAUGGUUUGGGAGGUUUUGGGUGGGCCACUUUGCGAACCAUGGAUUCUUUUUGCUCGGCACCUACAAUCAUGCAUGUUGUUGACUACUUGAGGUAGGAGGCCUGGUGGCGUAGCUUUGGCUUUUAUAGCUGAUGGGAAUCACAGCCAUGAGCUCCUGCAAUAUGGAGUUUAAUAUAAUUUCAGUGAUAGAAACUCUUGGAUGUGGAACAAUUUAUUUAAAAAGGCAAUGCCUAUUGUAAAUAGUUGUGUGCCUGCUGCUGUACCCUCCUCUGUUGCUGUGAAAGGAUAAUGGCGCCAUGUUGCUAAGUUAAACUGUUAUACAAUUGAUUCUGAAUGCUGUAUGGCCGAGAUGCUGUUCAGGUUUCGAUAAUUAGUAAGCAUUCGAUAA